AUGACAGUGGAAAAAUACGUUGAGCCCCUGUGGCUAGUGGGUUAUGGAUCUCUCUUAUUCAAACGUCCGUUGCAUGAUCAAGAAUUUUCACAGAACUUUACGAAAUUCUCAGGGUAUCUGACAGGAUUUGCUCGGAAAUUCUGGCAGAGCAGUUUAGAUAACCGAGGCACACCGCAGCACAAGGGACGUGUUGUUACCAUCAUACCGGCUGAUGAUAUAGUGAAGAAUGAUGAAUUGAAACCGGACAUUUUAAAAUACGAGCUUCGGAACUAUGAAUGUACCGAGAGGAUUAUUAAUGACUUACAGUUACUCAGCAAAGCCUUGACAGUGUGGGGUUGUAUAUACUAUAUUCCUUCAAAGUAUUCUAAACAAGCAUCUGAAUACUUGGAUUUUAGAGAGAAGGAUGGUUACAUUACUCGCAAAGUAGAUUUCAAUGUGGUUCUUUCAAACGAAGAAAAAAAGAAUCAACAUAUUUCAUCCAUCGUGUCCAAGUUGCCUCGGAAUGAUCUUGGAGAGCCUGUCAUUAAAUCUAUCGUUUACAUAGGCACCACGGAAAACGAGUCAUUUGUUGGACCGGAAAAUGUGAAGGAUACCGCGAAAAUUAUACAGAUCAGCCGGGGAGAUUCGGGUCGCAAUAUCGACUACUUAGCCGCAAUGAAUGACUCGUUACAGAACCUGGAUCCCACUGGCCAACAACGGAGUAGAGAUCCAUAUUUGGAAGAUUUGGUACCGUUUUUUGCUCUGGAGUUGGGAUUUAGUAUUCCCUUGAAAAAAGUUUAUAGAGAUGGAACUCACUGGCCUAUGCUAGUGUUUGGAAUCCUUGCCUCCAUCCUAUUAGUGGCCGGACUUGUUCCUCCAUACUUCGAAUUGGCCAAGCGGAAAGGCCGCGUGGUAGGAAUCAACUUUGUGUUUCUAGCCAUGGACUCUUCGGGUGCAAUAUUUUCUAUGGCAAGUAACUGUGUCGACAAAAUUGAUAUCAUGGCUAUGAUCUUGUAUAUACUUGUGGUGAUCAUGGAGGCUGGUAUAUUUCUUUCCCAGUUUAUCUGGUGGUUGCGAUUCAGAGUGAUUAAGAGAGAGGCAGAUGAAGCAGACGAAAAUCCCAAUCCUAAUGGUGACAACAAUUCUGUUGGCAACUCCUCUACUCAAGGGGAUCAAACAGAUGAUCUGGCGAGAGACUCGAGCAUUGCCGCGACCUCGAUGAGGGAGAAACGGAGUUCAGCCAAUCAGCUAACCUACGCUGACGACAAAGGUGUUGAAAGUAUCGUGUAA